ACAAUGCAGUUCUUGGCCUGGUUCAAUUUGCUGCUUUUCCUUCCUUGUUUUGGUACCACCAAAACCUGCUUCCCUGGCUGCCACUGUGAGGUGGAAAGCUUUGGUCUCUUUGACAGCUUCAGCUUGACCAAGGUGGACUGCAGUGGAAUAGGCUCACACAUUGUUCCUGUCCCAAUCCCCCUGGAUACAUCCUACUUGGAUCUAUCAUCAAACAAGCUGGAAACAAUCAAUGAAUCAAUGCUUACAGGCCCUGGAUACACCACCUUGGUCAGCCUUGACCUGAGCUACAAUAACAUUGCCAAGAUUUCCCCCACAACCUUCUCCAGGCUUCGGUACCUGGAGUCCUUGGAUCUGAGUCAUAACUCUCUGGAAGUCCUUCCAGAGGAUUGUUUCUCCAGUUCUCCUCUGGGUGACAUCGAUUUGAGCAAUAACAAGCUCUUGGAUAUAGCAAUGGACAUUUUUGCUUCCAAAGGUCAGGGAAAACCCCUGAACGUGGAUCUAUCCAAUAAUAUGCUCGGGACAAUCACGAGGCACCGUGAGAAGAGCAUUCCCAACAUCCAGAACUUAAACCUUUCUGGCAACAGGCUCACAACUGUGCCAAACCUUCAGGGCAUUCCUCUCCGAUACUUAAAUCUUGAUGGGAACCCUCUAGGCAGGAUUGAAAGAGGAGACUUCACGGGGCUGAAAGAUUUGAUUCAUUUAUCCCUCAGUGGCCUGCCUGGCUUUGGAGAGUUAUCUCCUUAUAGCUUCAAGGAACUACCAGCUCUCCAAGUUCUGGAUCUAUCCAACAAUCCCAACCUGAAGUCGUUGACUGCUGAAGUUAUCUUGGGUCUGAACUCCCUGCAAGAGCUCAACCUCUCUGGGACAGGUAUGUCCACCUUGCCAAAGACUGUGCUGAAAUACCUGCCUUCCAUCAAAAGCAUCACCUUGGGGAAGAACAUCCAGUGUCUUAAGACCAUCAAAGAAGGACAGUUCCACCGACAGAUAGGGCUGACCAAAAAAGAGGUCCUGAGUUGCCACGACAGCCACGGGACUGUAGCAGCAGCACCUUAUGUUUCAUGAUGAAAGCUGGGGAGAAGGGG